AUGAGUAAAUUAUUUAUUUUGUUUUCAUUGAUAUUGACUUUAGUAACUAGUCAAGAAUUUAGUAUAACAUAAUGCACUUGUGCAUAACUGUUAUCAGAAGAAGACUGUAGAAAAAAUGUUUCAUUUAGAUGCACUUGGGAUAGAAUUAAAAGAGUUUGUGCAAUUUCAACUACUUCUGCAUUAAUGUAUGAAACAUAUUGUGACACAUUUGCUGAAGUAGAUUGUCCUAAAGCGAAACCUUGUACUGAUUGUGGUAACUAUGCUGCCUGUGCCUGGGGUUUAGGAAAAUGUACAUUCUUCACAGGAUGCACAGCCUUUUCAAAAACACUGAUGCUGAAUGUUAAGCAAUAAGUAAUAGAUGUAUUACAGAUGGAACUCAUUGUGUUGAAGUUGAUGCCUGCAGCACAUACAAAAAAUAGCUCCGCUUGUGUAAAAAAUGCUGCUGGAAGGUUAUGCUAUUGGGAUACAACAAAUAACACUUGUGUAGAUGCUAAUACCUGCGAUAAAUUACCAGCAAGUUUUGCUACAGAUAAAGAAUGCAGAGAUGUCAUAUCAACUUGUACAACAAAGACUGGAGGUGGAUGUGUUGAUAGUGGAAAUAUUGUAGUGAUUAAACAUUAGAAAUUCAAUGUGUAUGGAAUAAAUUAAAAUCUACUGCAUGUUAUUGGGAUGGAGCUAAUUUGUAAUAAUGCACCAGCUACAUUAACAACUGAUGAUACAUGUAAAUUAUUUAGAACUGAUGGAACCUGUACAACAAAAGCCAAUGGAGGAUGUGUUACUAGAACCACUUGUGCAGCUGCUACUAUCUAAGCUGCUUGUGUUAAAAAUAGUUCAAAUGGAGAUUGUUAUUGGACAGGAAUUGUAUGUAUUGUUAAGACCUGUAAAAAUGCACCAACUACAAUGAUAACCAAUACGGCUUGCGGUGGAUUUGUUACAGGAUGUAUCACUAAAUUAGGAGGAGGAUGUGUUACCAAUGGACCUUGUUCAGCAGCAAACGUUUAAGCCGCUUGUGUGAAAAAUACUUCUGGUACUGAUUGUAUUUGGGAUACAACAUGCAAAGAAAAGACAUGUGUAAAUGCACCAACAACAAAUAAUACUCAUGAAUUAUGUACAUCAUACUUAUCAACAUGUACAGUUAAAGCAGGAGGUGGAUGUUAACCAAGAACUUGUGCAAAUGCUCCAACAACAAUAACAACUAAUGAUGCAUGUGAAGCAUAUUUACCAAAUAAUAAUUGUAUAACAAAGACUGCAGGUGGAUGUGUAAUAAAUACUACAUGUGCAGUAAUUACCUUAGAAGCUGCUUGUAUUAAAAAUUCUUCUGGGGCUACCUGUUUCUGGGAUACUGCAAGUUUAGCAUGUAAAGAUAGAAAAUGUACUAAUGCUCCAUCAAGUAAUAAUACUCAUGAUUUAUGUGUUGCCUUUUUAUCAACUUGUACAGUAAAUUCAACUAAUGCAGGUUGUGUUGAUAAAUCAUGUGAAAAUUCAUUGGUAUAAACUAUUUGUGAUAAAGAUUUGAAUAAUAAAGCUUGCAUUUGGAAAGGAAAAUGUUAUAAAAAAGAAUGUGUAUUAGCUUCAUCAACAACAGCAACUCAUGAAGAUUGUUAAACAUAUGAUUCUGGUUGUACUUUGAGUAAUACAGGUACUGGAUGUGUUCCCUUACCCCUUAAAUGUGAAGCUAUUACAAUUGAAGCAGCUUGCAAUAUUAAAUUAUAAAUUACAAAUGGAGUUAAAUCCUACCCAGAAUGUGGUUGGAAUGGUUCAUAGUGUAUUGAUAAAGCUUGUUCCACUGCUCCAAAAACAACAGCAACAACAGCUGAUUGUGGUACUUACAAAGCCAAUUGUGUAACAAACAAUCCAGUUAAUGGAUCAAUUGCAGGAUGUUAAGACCUACCAACAACAUGUGCAGCUAGAAAAUCAACUGAAAAUUGUGAAAUCACAAGAGUUGGAUUCCCAACAUGUUUAUGGAAUACAGCUACAUUAGCUUGUGUAGAAAAGUCUUGUGCCACUGCUAAUGUUGUAGGAUUACAAGUAGUAGUAUAAGCAGGAUUAUUUACAUUUAAUCAUUGCAGAAAUUAUCUAUCUAAUUGUAUUUCCAACAAUAAUUAAGAUGGAUGCAUACCUAAACCCUCAAGUUGUUCAAAAUUAAAUUCUUAAAAUUGUUAAAUGGGAUCAAAAAUAAAUGGAAAUUGUUAUUGGAAUGGGCAUAAUUGUGUUGAUAGAACUUGUAAAAAUUUUGCAUUAAUUACUCACAUUGGAUGCUAAACCAUAUUGGAUAUAUGUACAGUCAAUAAUGGAAAUACAGGUUGUUAAAUUUUAGCAAAUAAUUGUAAUUCUUAUAGACAAUAAGAAAAUUGUAUCAUAACUUUAAACAAAAACAAAUGUAUAUGGACUGGCGUAGACUGUAGAAAUGCUACUUGUUAAGAUGCAUCUGAUAAUAAUCUUUAUGAUUCUGAUUCAGAAUGUUCCAAUUAUUCAAUUAUAAAUGAAACCUGUACUGUUUUAUACAAAACUGGAGGAUAAGGAUGUGUAAAAAGAUCGACUUAUUGUAGUGAUUACGUAUCUGCAGCUUAAUGUUAUAGAACAUUAGCAGCUAUUUCGGAUGACUGCACCUGGAAAUCCGCUUAUAGCAAAUGCUUUUCGAAUACAUAUCUUUAAGGUGCAUGCUCAAAAUUUACAGGUACAAAAACUCAAUGUGAAUCUAUUAAAACAGGUUGUACUAACACUGUAGGUGCUACUGAAACAGAUAUUUGUACAUUUUCUUGUGCUUUAGUAUCCGAAACAACUCAUGCUAAUUGUUAAGGAUAUAGUACUACUUGUACUGUAAAUAAAGCAGCAAAUGCAUGUUAAAUAGCGUAAGCAUCUUGCGCAGGAUAUGGGACAACAUAAUCCAGUUGUUCAUAUAGAACUGAUGGUUUGAAAUGUCAUUUGGAUUUUACUGCACCUACUCCUACUUGUGUAGAUAUUACAUCAGCAAAUUGUAGUCUAAUUACAGUUCUUAAUGGUGGAGCUGAAGUCGAGGCAGCUUGCUAAGCAUAUAAUACUGCCUGCCAUAUUAAUGGCACUCCUGAUGGAUGCCAAGAAUUUUAAGCAACUUGUGCAGGUUAUGGAACAACAUAAGCUAAUUGUUCAUAUAGAAUCGACGGUUUGAAAUGCCAUUGGGAUGCAACUGCACCUACUCCUACUUGUGUAGAUAUUACAUCAGCAAAUUGUUAUCUUAUUACAGAUCUUAUUCAUGAAGCUGCAGUUGAGGGAACUUGUUAAGUUUAUAAUACUGCUUGUCAUAUUAAUGGUACUCCUAAUGGAUGCUAAGCAUGGCAUAUACCUUGCACAGCAUAUGGAACAACAGAAGCUAAUUGUACAAAAAGAACUGAUGGUUUGAAAUGUUAUUGGGAUACUACUGCUACUACUCCUACCUGCGUAGAUAUUACAUCAGCAAAUUGUAAUCUUCUUACAGGUUUGUCAAGUCCAAAUAACACUCAUGCUAAUUGUUAAGCACAUAGUACUGCUUGUACUAUUAAUAAAGCUCUGGGUGCAUGCUAAGCAGUGUAAGCAACUUGUGUAGGAUAUGCAACUAUAGAAGUUAAUUGUUCAUUUAGAACAGAUGGUUUGAAAUGUCAUUGGGAUGCUACCGCUACUACUCCUACCUGUCUAGAUAUUACAUCAGCAAAUUGUAAUCUUAUUACAAGUCUGACAAGUCCAAAUAAUGUUGAAGCAACUUGUUAAGCAUAUAGCACUUCCUGUCAUAUUAAUGCUGGUGUAACUGCAUGCUUUGCUUUUACCACGUGUGAAGCAAUUACAGGCACAAAUAUCACUUGGGCUAUUUGUUAAGGUUACAGUACUACUUGCAGUGUAAAGAGGGAUGGAAGUGGUUGUGUAACAAUCUAAUCAUAAUGUUCAGGAUACAAAACAAUUGAAAAUUGUUAUAGAUCAACUGCAGGGUAUUGUACUGCUAACAGUACUGAUACUAUCUGUCAACCUAUAACAGAAUCCACUGCCUGUGAAACAAUUAAAUUAGGAUUAGGAUUUACUUUUAGUGACGUAAAAUGCAAUUAACUCAGAGCUGGUUGCAUAACAUAAGGAACAACAGGAUGUUAAACGAGGACAUGUGCUAAUAAAACAACACCAUUUGCUCAUACAGAUUGUAAUGGUUGGUUGAAUACUUGUACUGCAAAUGCAGCUUCAUCACCAACUGCAUGUGUAACAUUGCCAACCACAUGUGCUAGUUAAACUGCAGCAGCAUGCGUUUGGGCAGUUGAAGGUGAAUGUGCUGUCUCAGGAACAUCUUGUGUCAGAAAAACCUGUGAUACUGCAACAGCAGAUACAAGUUUUGAUACACAUGCUGAAUGUAUUUCAUAUCUAUCUACUUGCACCGUUGUAAGAAUUGGAGGUUGUUAAGCAAGAGCUGCUUGUUCAGCAUAUAAAUCAAGUUAAUAGUGUAAAUUCAAUAAAAGUGGCGGAAAAUGUUUCUGGAAUCCAACUAAUAAGACUUGUGUCGAUUUGAAUUGUGGAAAUAUUGAAGCCACAACUUCAUAUGAUACUCAUGCUGAAUGUGUGGCAGUUGAUACAAAUUUACUUUGUACAGUUAGAGCUGCAAAUUGGGCUGCUGUUCCUGGUUGUACUGCUAGAGGAGCAUGCAGUUCUUAUUCAAUAGAAGAUUAAUGCAAAACUAAUGCAAGUGCAGGCGUCUGUGUUUGGAAUACAAAUUUAACUACACCAGUAUGCUAAGAUAAAUCAUGCACAACUGCUCCAACUGCAACAGCAACUCAUGCAGAUUGUGAUGCCUACUUCUCCACAGUUACUAUUAAAUGUACAGUAGUUGCUACACCAGAUACAAAUGGUGGUGCACCAGUUCUAGGAGGAUGCCAAUAAACAGCGGCUUGUUCUACUUAUAUUCAUUAAGAAUAAUGUGAAUUCAAUGCUACAGGAGAUCCUUGUGGAUGGAAUGGUACUUAAUGUGCAGAUAAGUCAUGUGCUACUGCUCCUGCAACUGCUGAUUAUGAUGAUAAUGAUAAAUGUAGAGCUUACUUUAAUAAUAAAUGUACAGUUGCAUCUACAGGAUAAGGAUGUGUUGAUAUACCAGAUACAUGUGAAACUAUGACUGAAAAAUAAUGUGUUACUGAUAAGACUGCCAGAUCAUGCUAUUGGAAUGGAACUGCUUGUAUUACAAGAUCUUGUGAAAAUGCUCCAGAAGCAACAUCCUCAGCCGAAGAUUGUAAUACUUAUCUUUCAGGAUGUACUUCAGAUUCAGUAAAAUGUAAGACUAAGGUUUGUGAAGAUUUUGCUUUUGCCACUGAUGCUCUAUGCAAAUCAGCCUUAAGCACAUGUACAACAAAUGGAACAAAUUGUGUUACAAGAGGAACAUGCUUCUAAGCUUUAAGCCAAGCAGGUUGUGUUACCUCAGUAACUAAUCAAUAAUGCGAAUGGAUGCCAGUUGUUGGCACAAAUCCAGCUUAUUGUACAAUAAAGACUUGUAAUACUGCCCCAGUUACUUUAACUUCUGAAGCAGCCUGUGCAGGUUAUUUCACAAAUUGUACAACAAAGAAUGGUGGUGGAUGUGUUACUAAGUCUACUUGUGCAGCUGUUACUAUUGAUGCUGCUUGUACUACUGCCCUUAAUGGAACUGUUUGUGCCUGGGAUAGUGCAUAAAUGGAACCACUCAUGCUGCAUGCCAAACCUAAAGAACUGGAUGCACUGCUGGUGCCAAUGGAAAAUGUGCAAGAGAUUUAAAAUUGUGAAUAAACUACUAUCAGAAGUGCUUGUAUUGAAGGAACAAAUGGUCCAUGUUUAUGGAUUAAUGAUUAUGUUAAUACUGAUGGAUCUAAAGGAGCCUGUUUCAGAUAUACAUCAUGCAAGAGUUUGAAUUGGAAUUCAGAUACAUCAUGUAAAUGGAUUAGUAAUUAAUGUACAACUAAUGGAUCCAAUUGUGUUGGAAUUACCUUAUGUUCUGAAACCAAUACUGAUGGUGGAUGUGUUACAGGAUAUGAUGGAGCUUGUAUUUAAUCAGUUCCAGCCUUGAAUUCUUCAGAUCCAAAGGUUUGUAAACCAUAUACAUCUUGUGCUGAUGCAUUCUACACAACUCAUUCAGAUUGUUAAAUUGCUAGUAAAAAGUGUACAACAAAUGGAACAACUGGUUGCAUUGCAUUAGGUGCUUGUUCAUCUUAUACUACAUAAGCAGGAUGCUAUUUCAAUGAUAAAGGAGUUGUUUUAACAUCUGGAGCCAUUACUUCAACUGGUAUUUGCACUUGGGAUACAACUGCUAGUAGUUGCAGAGAUUAAUCAUGUGCUGAUUUGACUGGAACAACUCAUGCAACAUGUUCAUCAUAAUUAUCAACAUGUACAUCAGAUGGAACUACAUGUUUAAUUAAAGGAGCAUGUUCAUCAUACACUACUUAAACUGCUUGUACAACAGCUGUUGGAUCUGAUGGUAUUUGUUAUUGGGAACUUGCAUCUGCUACAAAUAAUAACACUGCUAAAUGUAGAUUAAUGACUUGUGCUGAUAUUUAAAAUGGUACAUCCACAAAUGUUUGUUCAGUUGCUUUAUCAUCAUGUGUAUCAAAUGGAACUGCUUGUAUUUCAAAAGCUAACUGCUCAACAUAUACAACUAAGACAGCAUGUAAUUCAGGUGGAUUAGAUGGUAUUUGUGUAUUCACUCAAUCAACUGCUGCAGGAGCUGCUGCUGGUACCGGAACUUGUGCUUUAAUGACAGCAUGUACAAUAGCUAAUAAUGAUUAACUUGCUUGUUAAGCUGCUAAGGAUAGAUGUUCAUGGACUGCAGCAUCAGGAACUGGAACAACAGCAGUUGCUAGUAAAUGUGCCACUCACACUUGUGCUACAAACUAAGCUACUAAUGGAGCUUGCACAAGAUUCUUGAAUUGGGAUAAAAAGACUUAAUAAAUAUGUACUCUUGUUAGUGGAACAUGCACAGCAACAGACCCAUCAACUUUAUCAUUAAAUGAUUGUUUCUUGGUUUCUGGAUACACUUAUACUUGGAAUGCAUCUACUAGCAAGUGCGGAGUCUGCACUGCUGUUGUUGUUUACCCAAAUAAUACAGAUAAUAAUACAAACAAUACAAAUAAUGAAACAAUAACUGAUUCAGGAUAUAUUCUAGGAUUAUCAGCUAUCGUUUUUGGAUAUCUCAUGUUCUGA